AUGGAAUACGCUGAGCUGCUCUCAAUGAAGCACUCCGCUCGGGAUGAUUGGUCGGUAGGAGCCACACCCGCCGAGCGACGCAAGCUACAAAAUCGAAUUAACCAGAGAACAUACCGACUACGUCAGCUCAUCAAACAUCCCCAGAAAAAGAACCCGUCGAGGUGGAAAAAGAUCGGCUCACUAGUCGACGACAGAGACCAGCCAACAAGGCGCGGCAAUAUCACACCCGUCCUGCCUAGGGCGCCCGUGAUACUAGCAACCCAAAACUGCAGCAUAGCCCCCGAGGGCGCACGGGAUCUCUUAAUUCAGUUCGAAAUGACCGCCUAUCAGAGCUACCGUAGUAGAUUGCCAGUCGCCGAUCAUCUGCUCACGCUGGUCAAAGUGAACGUGUAUCGUGCCUUUUUCGAAAACCUCGCCGCAUUGGGCAUGGAUGCGGGCUGGAUGAGGGCCGAUGCCGUUUCGCCUUUCUGCAUGUUGAAGCCAGAUAGCCUUGUCUCGACGCUUCCAGCUAACUUGCAACCAACUGCAAUUCAAGUGCAAGUGCCGCAUCAUCCGUGGUUGGAUUUCUUUCCUCACCCCAGAAUGCGUGAUCAUCUUAUUCUGGCCAAUGAUUUUGACGACGAUGAGCUUUGCGUUGAUAUAAUGGGGUUCUGGAACACUAAUAGGCCGGAUGCCGGGUUGACUAUUUGGGGACCACCCUGGAUAUUUCAGAAUUGGGAGUUAUCGGAAGGGUUUAUGCAGAAGUAUCGAUGGGCCAUCCAGGAUUGUCCGGAGCUGUUGAGGUCGACUAAUUAUUGGCGUACUCUCCGGGGCGAGAAACAGUUACAGUCUUUGCGUCCGCUGGACAUGGACGACCAGGACCAGAACAUGCGCAAUGAACCCAUGUUUGAUUUCAUGUGA